AUGUCAGAAGCAGCAGAUCUUCCAUGGAAACAGCUAGGAAUGGAUUGCAUUGAAUGGUAUAACAGCAACACCUUGCUCGUUGAAAUAUACUACGAACGCAUGAACCAUCAAGUGCUCACCGAAUCUCCUUCAUAUUCGCUCGUCAAUCUGGUCUCAGAUAUUGGAGGGCAGGUUGGUCUCUUCUUGGGAAUGAGCAUCAUCUCGCUUCUAGAAUUUGCGACUCUCAUUCUGCUACUCUGCUGUUACUGUGGCACACACAAAAGCAGGAAAAGAGACAUUGAAGAGAUUGAGAAUAGUAGCAAACUGUCAACGGUGAGAAGCUUGACUUUGUUGUUGAAUACAAUUAGGCCUAGAGUAUUAAGGAGGCUGAAAGGAACAGGAAAGCAGCUAAUAAGCGAAAGGGAAUCUAUGGAGAAAGCGACGCUACUCUUCCGCCUUCGGUCAUCUCUGCAAAUUGAGGAUCGAUGUCCUAUGUGA